UACGGUGGCCGGUCGGGAAGCGCCGCCAAUGGCGGGCCGCUUUCGCCGCGGCGAGGAGGGAAGUAGGCGGGGUAGCGCAGGCGCGCUGAAGGCUCCGGGCCACUACCGGAGCGUAAACAAGGCGCCGCUGAGAGGGAUGAAGAGGCGGCCGGAGCAGAGCGGGGCCGGGAGCCGUCGAGGCUGACAGGCCUCUUUCCGCUGCCCUCCCGCCGGCCGGCCGGGGACGGGGGUGGGGGGCGCAGCCGCCUCCAGGGAGAGCCAUGAACUUGGCCAGCCAGAGCGGCGAGGCCGGCGCCGGCCAACUGCUCUUCGCCAACUUCAACCAGGACAACACGUCCUUAGCUGUUGGCAGCAAAUCAGGUUACAAAUUCUUCUCCCUUUCUUCUGUGGAUAAACUGGAGCAGAUCUAUGAAUGCACUGACACAGAAGAUGUGUGCAUCGUGGAGAGGCUCUUUUCCAGUAGCUUGGUGGCCAUCGUGAGCCUCAAAGCCCCCCGCAAGCUGAAAGUUUGCCACUUCAAGAAGGGGACAGAGAUUUGCAACUACAGCUAUUCCAAUACAAUCCUGGCUGUCAAGCUUAACAGGCAGCGAUUGAUCGUGUGCUUAGAAGAAUCUCUGUACAUUCAUAACAUCCGGGACAUGAAAGUGUUGCAUACCAUCAGGGAGACGCCCCCCAACCCCGCAGGCUUGUGUGCGCUGUCCAUAAACAACGACAACUGCUACCUGGCCUACCCAGGCAGUGCCACCAUUGGGGAAGUCCAGGUCUUUGACACCAUCAAUCUGAGAGCUGCUAACAUGAUCCCUGCUCAUGACAGUCCUUUGGCUGCGAUAGCUUUCGAUGCCAGCGGCACAAAACUGGCCACGGCGUCAGAAAAGGGGACGGUGAUCCGGGUAUUUUCCAUUCCAGAGGGACAGAAACUCUUUGAAUUCCGAAGGGGUGUGAAGAGGUGUGUGAGCAUCUCCUCUUUGGCCUUCAGCAUGGACGGCAUGUUUCUGUCCGCAUCCAGUAACACGGAGACAGUGCACAUUUUCAAAUUAGAAACUGUGAAAGAGAAACCUCAGGAGGAGCCCACGACUUGGACGGGUUACUUUGGGAAAGUCCUGAUGGUCUCCACAAACUACCUGCCUGCCCAGGUGACAGAAAUGUUCAACCAAGGCCGAGCUUUUGCCACCGUCCGCCUCCCUUUCUGUGGGCACAAAAACAUCUGUGCAUUGGCCACAAUCCAGAAGAUUCCCCGGGUGCUGGUAGGAGCUGCAGAUGGAUACCUGUACAUGUACAACCUGGACCCCCAGGAGGGAGGCGAAUGUACCCUGAUGAAACAGCACAAGCUGGAUGGCAGCAUGGAGCCAGGCAAUGAAAUCCUAGAAUCUGCAUCGCACGACCGGCCGCUAGUAGCGCAGACGUACAGCGCUGCUGUGACUAAAGGUACUUACGUGCCUUCUUCGCCUACAAGGCACGCCUAUACCGACGACCUGGGUGCGGUCGGUGGCGCUUGCCUGGAAGAGGACGCCAGUGCCCUGCGGCUGGACGAAGACAGCGAGCACCCCCCAAUGAUCCUUCGGACGGACUGAACUUUGACCUGUGAACUCCACUCCUGAAGCCGAGGAUGCAGGCCUGACCCCUCUGGAGGAUUGUUGUGUCUGUGCUGCUACGGACCUUGACCCGGGCUGAGAGCAAGAGGGAGGACGGCGGACGACUCUGAAGUCAUUUUAAAACAAACACACACACAAACCAUUGUAGCUGUAAUGCUGAUUUGAUGCCAUGGAGGUGGGGGGUAGGGGGGGGGGAAUAUUCGGUUUCACUUCAGUGGCUUUUAAAUCCUGCUUUACCUUUUAGCUGUGAGGAUAUAUGCAUAUAUAUUUUUCGUCGUUGUUCCUGUUGCCAAAACCUGCUCUCUCUGUGCCGCCUUCGGCACCUCCUAGCUUUGCAUGCUGCCUUGUGCCAAGCAAGCAGAUCACUUCAUAACGAAGAAGUUUGCCGAGUUUGGGGGUUCUCUCUCUCUCUUUCUUUUUUUUUUAGAAGACAAAUACAUGUUCAUAAAUAACACUUGGCAUCCAUGAAGGGAGCAGCAGCAAAGUGCUUUGCCUUCUUCCUGUGCUUUUCAGCCUUCCCACCCCCAGAUGUGGGUGGACUACCACUUCCAUCGUCCACAGCCAGCUUGGCCCCGAUGGUCAUGGAUGAUGGGGCUUGUAGUCCCUCCACAUCUGGGUGCCCAAGGAUUUGAAGGACAUUGGCUUAUUCUACUCGGACAAAGGUUCCAGGUAGUUUCUUGCGCAUGGGCUUUCGGUUGCAACUCCU